GUACCACACGAGGGUCUUGCGGUCAAAGGGCACGUAUCGCACUAUCUUCUGCGUGUGUAUGUCGUGUUACGAAAAGGCGUCUGCUAGAUCUUGGAGUGCAUCGCCAAGCGACUGUGUUUUUCCAGCCCGCUACACUACCGGCGCCGUGACUUCAUUACAUGCUGGGAACAGUUGCUCGGACUCUGAGAAAGUCAAAUAAAGUGUGAUUUGAGCUGCAAACAUGGCGAAUUCAGUCAAUAUUUUCGAGUCCGUGGGCGGUGUAUUCGGAGAGAUGACAUUGGCAACAAUGAUUCUUGUUUCAACUAUAUUUGUCCUUGGCAUUGCAUGGGCCUUCAAGAGUCUACUUGGACCUCAGAACAAGGACAUCAAACUCCCUCCACGCUUGCCCACCGGUAUCCCUUUCCUAGGCCAAGCUGUGGCAUUCAAUAAGAGUCCCAUAGACUUCCUCGAGGAUGCAUAUGAAAAGUACGGUGAUGUGUUCUCCUUCACGAUGGUUGGUAAGACGUUCACCUACCUGAUCGGGUCCGAGGCCAGCGCUCUCCUCUUCAACAGCAAGAAUGAGAACCUGAACGCAGAGGAGGUCUACAGUAACCUCACCGUGCCUGUCUUCGGAAAAGGCGUGGCCUACGAUGUACCCAAUCCGGUGUUUGUAGAACAAAAGAAGAUGCUCAAGACUGGUCUCAACAUCCAGCAAUUCAAGAGGCAUAUACCACUGAUAGAGGAGGAGACGAGAGAAUAUUUCAACAGAUGGGGAGACAGUGGAGAAAAGAAUCUCUUCGUUGCCUUGUCCGAGUUGAUCAUUUUGACUGCUAGCAGAUGUCUACAUGGUAAGGAGAUCCGCAGUAUGCUGGAUGAGGAGGUAGCCCAGCUGUAUGCAGACCUUGACGGAGGCUUCACCCAUCUCGCCUGGCUGGCUCCGAGCUGGAUACCCUUCCCUAGCUUCCUCAGGAGGGACAGAGCUCAUAGAAAGAUCAAGCAAAUAUUCUACAAGGCUAUCGCCAAAAGACGCGAGACUGGAGUCGAGAACGACAUGCUACAAACCCUGAUUGAUUCCAAAUACAAGUCGGGGCGCCCUCUUUCGGACGACGAGAUCGCAGGGAUGUGUAUAGGUCUGCUCCUGGCCGGUCAACACACUUCAUCUACAACCAGUGCUUGGCUGGGAUUCUUUCUGGCUAGGGAUAAAGAAGUGCAGGAUCGAUGUAAUGCAGAGCAGAUCAAGGUGUGUGGUGAUGCAUCGACCGAGGUCUCGUAUGAUCAGCUCAAAGACAUGCAACUGCUGGACCACUGUGUGAAGGAAGCACUGAGACUGAGACCACCUAUCAUGACUAUGAUGAGGGUCGCUAAAUCUCCCCUGACCUACAAAGACAUGACUAUUCCUGCUGGUCAUCAGGUUUGCGUAUCACCAACGGUCAACCAGAGGCUGAAGGACAACUGGAUGCCUGGACCUAAAGAGUUUAACCCAGACAGAUUCCUUGAUGAGAGCAAGUCCAACAGCGAGAAGUUCUCCUACGUGCCCUUCGGUGCGGGUCGCCAUCGAUGCAUCGGCGAGAACUUUGCCUACGUCCAGAUCAAAACCAUCUGGUCGGUCAUGCUCAGGAUCUUCGAGUUUGAGCUGGUCGAUGGCUACUUCCCCGGGAUCAACUACCAAACCAUGAUCCAUACCCCUCUUAAUCCCAUCAUCAGGUAUAAACGCAGGACGGAAUCAUCAUGAGGGGUUAGAUUAGAAAGCCUGUUGUGUGUGUCUAGCUAAUUCCAUUAUUGUGUUCACGUCUGUGGUAGCAAUUUCCAUGUGUAUGGAGGAUACAUGUGAUAGCAUACUAGCUUCUUGUCUUUUAUAUCAAAAAUGUUGAUUGUAACCGAACAGUAUGAAUCAAAUCUCUUACAUUCUUUUAUGUCUAUUUUGGGAUCACAAAGGAUUUAGAAGCACAUAAUAUUAAUGUAAUCAACACUUUAUUUUAUUUUCCCCUUUUGUGAGACGUAUUUGUCUGAAUCACAAAGAGCAGUCCCAUCUAUUCAUUUUCCUGUAAUGAGACAGGGAGCUUGAUGUUGUAUGUGAUAUAUGAUAUGAUAUACUAACCUAAUAAUGACAGCUCCCUAUACUUAUACUUGAGGAAAUUAAUUGUUCGUCCACUAGUGUUGCUUUGAAAUUCUAAUGGAAAUAGUUGUUCUUGCAUAUGUUUUAGCAGCAGCUGUUUAAGGUUAGCUCUCUUAAGAUUUUAUUUAUGAUUCCAAGGUCCUUUAAUUUCUUUUUUAAAACAUGAACCAAAAUGGUGGUUGUGGUGUGAAUUAACAAAUGUCAGUAUUCUUCUACUGUGUGUAUAUCUGAUUGUCGUAAGUUUACCUAAUAUUGCUUAGAUACAACUGCCUACAUACAUGUAGGAGUUAUCUCUUUGUAUGCCAUACAGAUAAUCUCCCUGUGCCACAAUGUAUUUAUUACAAGACAGAUAUAAUGUUUUAGUGGUGGUUAUUUUACCUGACUGCUACGAAAGCACAAAUGCUUGUCAGUAAGCAACCAGGCUACCAGAUCAUUUGUUUGUUUCCAGACUAAACUAUACUGAAGUUAAAAGGGUUGCCAUAGAGCUACAAUCUAAUCAAGAUAGGAUAUAAAUAACUUUGCAAAGCCUCCGUGUUGCACGAAGCAAUCCUUCAAUCAUUUGGUGUCUAUUCUUUUGUGCAAGAUUGCACUUGUGGCAAACGAGCGUAGGGGCAAAGAAAGCAUUCAAAGUGUUAUUAAGGGAUUGUUUUCCGGAGAUUUACUGGGGUACUUUUUUUGAGGAGUUGUCAAAAGAGUGGGGGGGGGGAUUAGGUUAUAUUAUCCAAGGCAGUACAUGUACAUGCUUGGGCUAUGACAGUCGAGAGGGCAAGUGUAGUAGAAUUUGUGUGUGAAGUUUGUAUUUAAAACUCAUGGCAGAACCUAGUCAUAAUCAAGAUUGUGUAGGGUUGCACUGCCCAAUAAAAUCAUUUGCAUUGUUCUUAUAUGAUGGACAGGUUGGCUUUAUUGGACAAGCUCUGCUUUGAACUUGGAAUUUCAUAUUUUUAAAAGUAUUUUUAUGCAUUUCAUUGUCUGGAUUAACUAUUUCACCAAUUGCUUACAAAAUAUCUAGUAAUUUGUAUUAUUACUACAAACAAAUGUUAUGAAACAUAAAUGUUGUGAUAAUUGAGCAAUGCAAAUUAGUGUUUUGAAUCCAAAAAAUAGGAAAUUUGUUGAAUUGAAAAAAGGUAGCUAUUUGGCAGUCAUCAAGAAGGCAAUUGUAUAAAAAUUGAAUCUGUAGAAGUACAUGUUUUGCUGUACUUGUCAGAGAAGCCCCGUUGUUGGGAGGCCCGAAUUCACAAACGAGGUUUAUGUGCGUCAUUGAUUUUUACAAACCUGGUUUGUAAAAACACGUCUAAACCAACAUAUGACACACAUUAACCUAGGUUUGUCGGCAAACCUUUGUGAAUUUGGGCCAAUAUGUGUGUAAAUGUUUAUGAUUUCUGAAUAAAAGUCUGAUGAAGUGAACUUGCAUCAUAUCUUGCUUACCAAUUAGUGACAGACAGGGAGACGGACAACCCUCUCGCCUUCACUCAACAACAAGUAAGCCGACGAUUCAGCUUUCUCAUUUACUGCUUCCGAAGUCUAAAACGGCUCCCUCUUCAACUGAAAUCCUCGCCAAUAGAACGAUUCAAACAGAGUUUGAAGACAUAUGCAUUCAUUUGUCUUCAAACUGUUUGAAUUGUUCUAUUGGCAAUGAUUUGAGGAGGGAGCCCAUUUUAGACUUCGGAAGCAAUAAGCUGCAUCGUUCGCUGACCAUG